AUGAAUGGCGUUGGUGCGGAGAAGAGCUGGAAUACGUCGAGACUGGGGCUGAGGGUUGGAGCGGAUGCUAUUGCGGCAGGUGCGGCCGGGGUUUUGGUUGCGCCGAUUAUUACUGCGAUUGAUCGGGGAAUCAUUGAGAAUGCAUCGGGGCGUAAUACCCUAGGUGCGAGUCUGCAGGCGUCUUUCAAGGAGAUGCUGUUCCGUCCACAUAGAUUCUUCUUCUCAAAGCCCUUUGCCCUGAUCUACACGCUAUAUUUCGGCACCUACUUAACCGCCAACACCAUCGACACAGCCUCCUCUACCCUCUCGAACAAGCCCAUCACGACUACUACAGCCGGAACCUCCAAGUUCCUGGCAACCUCCACAUCCAACCUCGCCCUUUGCCUCUACAAAGACAACCGCUUCACGCAAAUGUUCGGCGCAGCUAGCUCCACGCGCCCAGUUCCACUCCCCACCUUUGCCCUCUUCACCGUCCGCGACUGUCUUACUAUCUUCGCCUCCUUCAACCUCCCGCCACUCCUCUCCCCGCAUCUAGACAAACGCAUGUCCGAGGAAGUCAAAAAAUACGUCGGAGCAGCUAGCACGGCGCAGUUUUUGACCCCGGCAGCCGUGCAGUUGGUGUCUACGCCGCUGCACUUGUUGGGCCUCGAUAUGUAUAAUAGACCAGGGGUGGGCUGGCAGGAAAGAGCGACGAGGGUGGUCAGGGAUUGGGGGAAGAGUGCAUUUGCGAGAAUGGGGAGGAUUAUUCCCGCGUUUGGGGUGGGAGGUGUGGUUAAUAUGAAGGUUAGGAGAGGGUUGAUGGAGAGGUUGGAGUAG